UUAUCAUGUAACUUCUGUAAUCAUAAAAACAAAAAUUAGUAACCGGAAACCACCGGCCGGAUUUUGUUUGACGAUGUCAAAGAAUCCCAAGCUAGAAGCUCAUUGGCGAUUCUCUUGCAUGCUCGUAGGGUCCCAGCUCUCUGGAACCAAAUAUAUACGAGCUGAAUCGCCACCCGUUUCCUCGUUCAACGUGUUUCAAAGAUUUGAUUUUUUAUACCCCAAAAAAUGGAGGAUGCCACAAGACAUUGCCUUGCUCUUUUAAUACUUGAAAUAUCGUUAGUCACUAUUUCGUGUAUGGGAGCAGUAAAUGUUGAUGUGGGUGUGAUUCUUGAUUCGGAGUCCAUAUCUGGAAAGAUGAGAAAGGCGUGCAUUUUACUUGCUCUGUCCGAUUUCUACGGAGGCCGCAACCGCAACACCCAGAUUGUUCCUCACUUCAGGGAGUCCAACUUGGAUGAUGUCGGUGCAGCAUCUGCAGCUGUAGACCUGUUGAAAAAUAUUCAAGUACAAGCAAUACUAGGUCCCCAGGGAUCAACACAAGCAGAUUUCGUAACAGACAUAGGGAAGAAAGUCAGAGUUCCCAUAAUUUCAUCAGCCACAAGUCCCUCUCUUUCACCCAGCCAAAACCCGUACUUCAUCAGAGCGGCUUACUGCUCCUGUGCACAGGCUAAGGCCAUUGCAGCAAUAGUUAAGGCCUUUGGUUGGAGCGAAGUUGCUUUUAUCUACGAAAGCAGCAACUUUGGAAGCGGAAUCCUUCCUCAUUUGGUGGAUGCGAUGAUGGAUAUCAGCGUUUCAGUAGCACAUCAAAGCGUUCUUUCGCCAUCAGCUGUUGAUGAUCAGAUCAUGGUGGAGUUACUCAAGUUAAAGACAAAGCAGACACGUGUCUUCAUAGUCCAUUUGCAUCCAGAUUUUGCUUUUCGGUUUUUUGUUAAGGUGAGAGAAGCUGGAAUGAUGAGCAGUGGAUAUGUAUGGAUGAUCACUGAUGCAUUCACCAGCCGUUUGGUUUCAAUGGAACAGUCAGUUCAUGAGUCAUUACAGGGCAUCAUAGGUGUGAAGCCAUAUGUCCCAAGUUCAGCUAAGCUGAAUAAACUAAUCAUGAGAUGGAAAUCAAAGGAGUUUCGUCGACUAAAUCCAGACUUAGAUGGAGUGGAGCUCACUGUUUUCGGUCUAUGGGCUUACGACAGUGUCAUAGCAUUAGCAACAGCACUAGAGCAAGUAAAUAUUACUUCGGGUAUGGAGCUGAAGAAAACAAUUAUUAAUAAGGAGAACAACCUCACAGAUUUGGAUGCAAUUGGGACCUCACAAAUGGGGCCUUUGCUAGUUGAAUCCAUAAGAAACGUCAAAUUCAGAGGACUAAGUGGAGAUUUCCACAUUCUUGAUGGAGAACUUCAGCCAUCUGCUUUUGAGAUUGUGAAUGUGAUCAGCACAGAGAAAACGGUCGGGUUCUGGACAGAAAAGCAUGGGAUUUCCAAGAAAUCUAUUAACCCAAACGGUACAACUCUUUACUCUGCUAACAAACAUGACCUCGGGGCAAUCAUAUGGCCAGGUGACUCUACCACAGUUCCCAGAGGGUGGGAGAUUGCCACUGAUGAAGAUAAAUUGAAGGUUGGAGUUCCGUUCAGAAGAAAAAGAGGGUUUGAGCAGUUUGUAAAAGUCACAAUUCAUCCGCAGACAAAUGCUGUAGAAGCAACUGGUUUCUGUAUAGAUGUCUUUGAACAAGUUAUGAAGUCAAUGCCUUAUUACGUGCCAUUUGAAUAUAUACCGUUAAAAAUCCCACUUGCUAAUGGCAAAAACUUUCCAGAGUAUGAUGGUUUCUAUAAGAAGGACUUCACUAUGAAGCUUGAUGCUGUGGUUGGUGAUAUAACCAUUUUAUCAAACCGGUCCAAACAUGUGGAUUUCACAUUUCCAUUCUCAGAGUCUGGGGUCAGUAUAGUUGUUCGGGUCAACCAAGAACACAAGAACCCAUGGAUUUUCUUCCAACCAUUAAGGAAAGAAUUGUGGCUGGUGACUGCGGCGUUCUUUGUCUUCAUUGGCACUGUUGUUUGGGUGCUUGAACACAACGUAAACAAAGAGUUCCAAGGUCCUUACCACAAACAACUUGGGAUGAUCUUCUGGUUCUCCUUUUCAACUCUUGUUUUUGCACAAAGAGAGAGAUUAAUAAAUAAUUUAUCGAAAUUCGUGAUUAUAGUUUGGGUGUUUGUGGUGUUGGUUCUGACAUCUAGCUACACAGCAAGUUUAACAUCUAAGUUAACUUCCAAAAAGUUGCAACCCACUGUCACUAUUGAAGAGCUUAUAAAAAAUGGAGAGUAUGUGGGAUACCAGUACGGUUCUUUUGUUGGACAUAUGUUAAAUAAUAAGUUUGGGAGCACAAAAAUGAGGGGUUAUAGCACAUUAGAAGAAUAUGAUGUGGCACUCACCAAAGGAAGUAUAAAUGGCGGAGUUGCUGCUAUUAUGGAUGAGCUACCCUAUCUCAGGCUCUUGGUUGGGAAGUAUUGUGGCAAGUAUGCUUUAGUUGGUCCAACCUACAAGACGUCUGGAUUUGGAUUCGCAUUCCAAAUGGGGUCUCCAUUGGUGCCUGAUGUCUCCAGAGCAAUAUUACGUGUGACAGAGAGUGAGACUAUGAGGAGGAUAACCGGUGAAUGGUUUGGGGAUGGAACAGAUUGUUCACAGAAAGAUGACACCAUGUUGGGUUCAGUGGACUGCUUUAAAGGCCUUUUCAUCAUUGCUGGCUCAUCUGCAUCAUUAGCUCUUCUCAUAUUCUUCUGCUCCUUCCUCUAUCAGAACAAGGAUAUCUUAACAUCUGAUAUUCCAAUCUCUCAAAAGAUUUUUGCAUUAGUAAAAUCUUUUUGUGAAGAAAAGAGGACAUUUGGGGAGUCUGAUAGGAAGCCAAGUGAAUUCAUAGAAGGCAGGAGUAAUGCCUGCUGAACUCUAUCCACAAACCAGGCAUUGAAAAUUCUCCAUGCCACACUUUUUUGUAGCAGCAGCAUAGGUGACCCUAGAAAGACGAGGCAUAAAAUUGUAUGUUGACCGUUUUAUGAAGCUGUCCAUAUAUUCAGAGUUCCGAGUUGAAUCAAUCAACACAACACAUAAUCUGAUAAUGUAAAUUUUAUUCCGUGCCAAAUGAGCCUUUAAUCCCCUUAUUUGAUUGUACAUUCCAGUUUUUUACAGUGUAUUACCAAUUAAAUUUGAUUGCACAUUCCAGU